GCCCUAUUUUCCUCUGCCACUCUCAAUCCUCCCAGUUUGUCUAUCUGAGGAAGUAGAAGGAAGAAAGAUGCUUUCGGGAGUGAAGUUUAUACCUCGGGGUCGGAUUGAUAGAGCACAAGAUGAGAAAUCGAGUGAUUCUACAAAAGAGAGGAAGAAAUCAGGUAAUAGAAAAGAAAAGAAUAGGAAAAAAAAGAAGAUUUCUAGGUACAGUAGUUCAGAUGACGAAGAGAUAGAGAAAAUUAGAAAAGGGUCCAAAAAGAAUAAGAAGUGGUACUCGUCAGAGGAGCAUACGUCCAGUUCAAGUGAAAGAGAAAGUGAAAGCAGUUCUGAGCGAGAUGGGAAGAAGAGUCGAAGAAGGAGAAAUGAGAAGAAAGCUUAUGGGGAUAGGUCAAGGGAUGAAGCUAGUGACAGGUCAAAAAAGAGACCACAAACUAUGAGAGAACUUGAUUCAUCUGAGGAUUAUUCUUCAUCUGAUUUAGAAGAUGAAGGCGGGGAUGGUUUUUCUGGUAGAAAAGAUAGGAAUCGCAGAAGUGGGAAAGAAGAAAGAACAAGGAGUAAGAAAAGAGGGACUAAAAAGGACGUUGCAGGGGAGGAGUCACUUGAUGAUGCUGGAGGAUCUCAUUCCUUGACUGACAAGGAGAUUGUGAGGAAAGAAAUGGGACUGGAAUGGAUGCUUCGACCCAGUGAUAAUAGUGAGCGAAAGCCUGCAACAACAUCUGACCAGGUGCCAGAGGAGCCUCAGGCAGAGGAGACAAUGAAAGUGAAUCCCAGAGAAUUAAACCCCUAUCUAAAGGAUGAUGGGAAUGGUUAUCCAGAAGAAAUGGAUGGGACAAAGGUUGGUGGGAAUCGACUGUUGUCUUCUUCAGUUGUUGGAGAUGGAGGUGCAAGCUGGAGAAUGAAAGCCUUGAAGCGUGCACAAGAGCAAGCAGCUCGUGAAGGACGAAAGUUUGAUGAGGUUGUUGAAGAACGGUGGGGUUCUCUUGGUCAGUUGACUGUUUCUUUGGCAUCUCAUGCAGCUGCCCCAUCUCGUGCUCAUCUGCAUGCCAUAAAAAGUAGAAAGAAGGGGCUAACACAGGAACAGAAAACACCCAUUCAAGAUUACCAGAGGGAUUCUGAGAAGAAUUCUGGCCGAGAGUACUUGAAGGAUGUGUCUGUCCGUAAUCCUGAAAUGAAAGCACCUAAAGUUCACAACUCUUUAUCCUGGGGAAAGCGGAAAGGUCAAAAUGUGUCUACUAAGGAUGUUGGCCUUAUCUCUGAUGCAGUUGCCAGCUUAAAUAAGUUUGCCAAUGAUGGAAGCUUUAUGCAUGAAGUUGUGCAUCGGCAGAACAUUGAUACUGGUGGUCCUCUUGGUUCUUCAUAUGCAAAUUGCGAGGGGAAUGUUAUGUCAAAAUCAGUUUCUUUAGAAACAAACCAACCUGGUGAGGCUAGUAAGCAGGCAUUGAGUGCAAACCAGUUGGCAGCAAAGGCUUUGCGGCUACGUAUGGAAGGAAAGCAUAAAGAAGCGGAGGAGCUUUUGAAACAAACAGAGAUCAUCAAAGCGAAUCAGGGCACUGAGGAAAAUACUGGGGAGCGAAGUGGGGGAGGCACAAGCAGAUAUGUAAUGCAUGAUUCAUCUGUUCGGAGAAAGAGGAAGGAGGAUGAUGCCGAUUUGCAUCUAGCUCAAAAGAUAAUGCAGAGUAAACAGUAUAACAUGUCAAGCCGAGCAGAUGAUGAAUAUGAUUUUGAUGAUGCUCCAAGUCGAAAGACUAGGAAAAAGGAAGGGGGUAAUGAUCGUAAGUUAACUGAGAAGAAUAACUUUGCAAAUCGUAUCUUGACUCAGCAAGAGCGCUGCCAAUUCUGUUUCGAGAAUCCCACUAGGCCAAGACAUCUGGUUGUUGCAAUUGCUAAUUUCUCAUACUUGAUGUUACCCCAGUGGCAACCUGUCAUACCAGGUCACUGUUGUAUUUUGCCAAUGCAGCAUGAAUCUUCUACAAGAACACUAGACAAUAAUGUAUGGGAUGAAAUUCGCAACUUCAAGAAGUGCUUAAUAAUGAUGUUUGCGAAACAAGAGAAGGAUCUAGUGUUUCUUGAAACAGUGAUGGGUUUGGCACAACAACGCCGUCAUUGUUUGGUUGAGUGCAUCCCAUUGCCCCGAGAAACUGCAAAACAAGCUCCUCUUUAUUUUAAAAAGGCAAUUGAUGAAGCUGAAGACGAGUGGAGCCAGCAUAACGCGAAGAAGCUUAUUGAUACAAGUGAGAAGGGAUUGCGAGGUUCAAUUCCCAAAGACUUCCCAUACUUUCAUGUAGAGUUUGGCCUAAACAAGGGAUUUGUUCAUGUUAUUGAUGACGAAAAACAGUUCAAAAGCAGCCUUGGCCUCGAUGUUAUAAGAGGUAUGCUACGUUUGCCAGAGGAAGACAUGCACCGCCGUCGGAGGCAUGAGUCGGCGGAGGCACAAAAACAAGCUGUCGUAAAUUUUGCCCGAGAUUGGGAACCUUUUGACUGGACCAAACAGCUCGAGUGAGGACUUGAGCCUUACAGGGUUCUGGGCAUAAUGGCUUUUGUUUGGAAAUAUUUUCUGUUUUCCAAUUUUAAAAACAGAAAAUGAUAUCUGUUCUACCUUGUAAUUAUUGAGAUAUAAUGUUGUUGAUUGCCCAUUCUUACCCAACUUUUUCCUGAGCAUGCAUUUAUGCGAUGGAUUUAAUAUUCACUCUUUCUCAGGUU